AUGUCCGCACGCGCGCAGAACUAUCCGCCUCAGAACUACAAAGUCCCGUCGUUCCCGAGCAUCAACUGGCAACUCCGGGACCUCACGGACGACCACCGCUGGAGCCUCUUCUACAUCCACGACAUUUGGCGGUUCACGGUGAUAUGGACCUUCAUCAUCUACGCCGCGGUGCACAUGGGCGCCGCCGCCAUCACGAUCGUGAUGCACACGAAUAAAAGGGGCUCGUUGACGUAUCUCUGGGCGGUGCCUUUGCUGUACGCCUUCGUGGCGGGUGUGCAGGCGAUCUUUGCGGGCAGCGUCGUCGGGUUGAUCCUCGGAGCGGUCUACAAUGCCGGAUACUUCUCAAUGUCAACAUGGGUUCCCCUCCUUUGGGGCGUCAUCAACGUCCUCGUCCUCAUCAUCUCAUCCUUCUCCAUUCAAGGCGGUCUCUGA